AUGGCCCCUCCAAAAGCGGCUGCCAAAGCUUCAAAGAAGUCGACCGCUCAGAAGAAAGAAAAACUGUUCCAUCCGCAAUCUCGUAAAGCGGGGCAACUAGCAAGAGUGCAACACCGGAAGGAUAAGUUGACCGACCUCGCAAGAGCUCGUGUUGGGAAGCGACGCUCGCAAGCCGAUAUAUACUCCUUUUUCUACAAGGCGUUGCCUCCCGAAGGCGUACUUUCGCUCGAAGAGCUCCAUCUCAUCGUCAGAGACAUUUGGAUGACCCGCUUCGACUCUGAAAUCGAAGAAGAGAAAAAUGCACGAAGAAAGGGAAGACCAAAAAGUGUCAAAGAGCAGAAGCUAGAAGAAAUCAAGCUGCGAGAAGCGGAAGAGUAUCGCACGGGGUUAGAGGUUGUUGACUUGACAGACCCCCCGAACGUGGAACUAUUCCGGCGCUGGGACCAAAAAGAGGUUGCCUUUAUACAGCAGCUUCGUUUCAUCCGCAUAGCCGGCGAUGCACCAAGUCUUGUCGUUAUCUCGCGACCAGGCCAACAUCCGUCACUCGUUCAGAGCAAUCAGACAAACGUAGAACUGAAAGAUCAAGAAAUGGAUACCGACGAUGCACCCUUGCUCAUGGAGCCGCUGUCACGUUUUGCAUCGACUAUUAUGACUAUGGACGGAACUUCGUAGCUGGCGUCUUCAGAUUUGCCUGGUUAACUGCCGCAUGUCUGCAGUGCACAAUACAGAUGAUUUUGUAAUGUAACACAAGCUUUGUUGUAAUAUUGACAUCUAAAGGCUUUU